AUGGGGUCAAAAUCAUUUGGAAAUCUCUUAGACUUGGCUGCUGGGGAUCUUCUGGACAUUCCUCAGACCCCGAGAGCUCUUCCGAGAAUGAUGACUGUUCCUGGAAUCAUCUCUGAUGUCGAUGGAUACGGCAUUAGUGAUGGCGAAUCAGAUGUCAUCCCAUUACCUUGCCGGGAGCGGAAAAUCAUAGUGGCCAACUUUCUUCCUUUAAACGGUAAAAAGGAUUCAGAGACUGGGAAGUGGAGCUUCUACCUGGACAAUGAUUCUCCAAUGUUACAUCUGAAAGAUGGGUUUUCUCCAGAGACGGAAGUCAUUUAUGUUGGAUCACUCAAGACAGAUGUUGAUGUUGCCGAGCAAGACGAGGUUUCCCAAACACUUUUCGAGGAAUUCAACUGCGUACCGACUUUCCUCCCGCAGGAUGUUCAUAAAAAAUUCUACCUUGGCUUCUGUAAACAGCAGCUUUGGCCACUUUUCCACUACAUGUUACCCAUGUGCCCUGAUCAUGGUGAACGCUUUGAUCGCAGUCUUUGGCAGGCAUAUGUUUCUGCAAACAAAAUAUUUGCAGAUAAGGUAAUGGGCGUGAUUAAUCUCGAGGAAGAUUAUAUCUGGAUUCAUGACUAUCAUUUAAUGGUUCUCCCAACAUUUUUGAGGCGGCGUUUUCACAGGGUUAAGCUUGGUUUCUUCCUCCACAGUCCGUUCCCUUCUUCGGAAAUUUAUCGAACCUUACCUGUUCGAGAGGAGCUACUAAGAGGGCUCCUAAACUGCGAUUUAAUUGGUUUUCACACCUUUGAUUAUGCACGGCAUUUCUUGUCAUGCUGCUGCAGAAUGCUUGGAUUGGAGUAUGAAUCUAAGAGAGGGCAUAUUGCUCUUGACUACUUGGGCCGGACAGUUUUUCUGAAGAUUCUUCCUAUAGGUAUUCACAUGGGAAGGCUCGAGUCUGUUCUGAAUCUUCCUGCUACAUCUGACAAACUGAAAGUGAUCCAAGGAAAGUAUCGGGGUAAGAAGGUGAUUCUCGGUGUUGAUGACAUGGAUAUAUUCAAAGGUCUAAGUCUGAAGAUUUUGGCCUUUGAACACCUCCUACAGCAAUAUCCUAGCAUGCUAGGGAAUGUAGUUCUCAUUCAGAUUGUGAACCCAGCAAGAGGAUCAGGUAAAGACGUUCAAGAAGCGAAGAAAGAGACGUAUUACACUGUUAAGAGAAUCAACGAGCGUUAUGGUUCGCCUGGUUAUGAGCCAGUGGUUCUGAUCGAUCGUCCUGUUCCUCGGUUCGAGAAGUCUGCCUAUUACGCCAUGGCAGAAUGCUGCAUAGUCAAUGCGGUGAGGGACGGCAUGAACUUGGUUCCGUACAAGUAUACUGUUUGUCGGCAAGGAACUCCUAACAUGGAUAAAUCUCUGGGACUAAGUGAAGAUUCUCCUCGCACAAGCACGCUUGUUCUGUCUGAGUUCAUUGGUUGCUCUCCUUCUUUAAGUGGCGCUAUUAGAGUUAACCCUUGGGACGUUGAUGCGGUAGCAGAUUCAAUAUAUUCCGCUCUCACCAUGUCUGAUUUCGAGAAGCAGCUACGUCACAAGAAACACUAUCACUACAUUAGUACACAUGAUGUGGGGUAUUGGUCGCGCAGCUUUUCGCAGGAUUUGGAGAGGGCAUCUCGAGAUCAUUACAGUAAACGGUGCUGGGGUGUGGGUUGGGGUUUAGGUUUUAGGCUCAUUGCUCUCUCUCCUAAUUUCAGAAGGCUAUCCAUUGAGCAAGCUGUCAGUGCUUACAGAAGAUCGAGCAGGAGAGUUAUCUUUCUUGAUUAUGACGGUACUUUGGUUCCCGAGGCUUCGAUCGUAAAGGACCCAAGUGCUGAAGUUAUUACUGCGUUGAAGUCACUGUGUAGUGAUCCUAAUAACACUAUAUUUAUUGUUAGCGGGAGAGGGAAAGUUUCUUUGAGCGAGUGGCUUGCACCGUGUGAGAAUCUUGGAAUAGCCGCUGAACAUGGUUACUUCACAAGGUACGGAGUAAGCAAAGGUCUUGUCACCGCAAAAGUUCUCAGUAGAAUGAUUGAAGAAGAAGGGAAGGCGCCAGAUUUUGUGGUAUGCAUUGGAGACGAUAGAUCGGACGAGGAGAUGUUUGAGAGCAUAACAACAACACUCUCAUCGCAAUCAUCGUCAACGUCUACAGAGAUAUUCGCGUGCACCGUGGGAAGAAAACCGAGCAAAGCCAAGUACUUCCUGGAUGAAGUAAGCGACGUGGUGAAGCUUCUUCAAGGACUAGCCAACACUUCGAGCCCAAAGCCUAGGUACCCUUCUCACCUCAGAGUCUCCUUUGAAAGCGUGGUAUGA